GUGUACCUCGCUCUCAUUCUGUUCGUCAAUGGCCGCCAUGCUGUCCGGAAUAGCGAAGACUUGUUUCUCUGCUGUUCGAGCUACAAAACCGGCAUUUUCUGCCGGUCUUGUCAGCCAAACAGCAAGAUUAUGUGCACCAGCAACAUAUAGCUCAAGACGCAACUAUGUAGCAGAAGCCAAAGAACAGGCCCAGAGUGGGGCUGUUGGAAAGAUUGUUGCAGUCAUCGGAGCUGUUGUAGAUGUUCAGUUUGAUGAAGGUCUUCCACCCAUUCUUAAUGCCCUAGAGGUUCAAGGUCGUACCUCUAGGCUGGUUCUAGAAGUUGCCCAGCAUCUAGGUGAGAACACAUGCAGAACCAUUGCUAUGGAUGGAACAGAGGGUCUUGUACGUGGUGAUCAAUGUCUUGACAUUGGUUCCCCAAUUAGGAUUCCUGUUGGACCAGAGACACUAGGUCGUAUCAUGAAUGUCAUCGGUGAACCCAUUGAUGAGAGAGGCAUUAUCGCAACAGACAGGAGAGCCGCUAUUCACCAAGAAGCUCCCGAGUUCGUAGAGAUGAAUGUCGCUCAGGAAAUUCUUGUGACUGGAAUCAAGGUCGUUGACCUCCUUGCACCCUAUGCCAAGGGAGGAAAGAUUGGUCUGUUUGGAGGAGCUGGUGUAGGUAAGACUGUACUUAUCAUGGAGUUGAUUAACAAUGUAGCCAAGGCUCAUGGUGGUUACUCAGUGUUUGCUGGUGUUGGUGAACGUACCCGUGAAGGAAACGAUCUCUAUCAUGAAAUGAUUGAAGGAGGUGUCAUCAGUCUCAAGGAUGAUACAUCAAAGGUAGCACUUGUAUACGGACAGAUGAAUGAGCCCCCAGGUGCUAGGGCUCGUGUUGCUUUGACGGGACUGACUGUUGCAGAGUAUUUCCGUGAUCAGGAAGGUCAGGAUGUACUGCUCUUCAUUGACAACAUCUUUAGAUUCACCCAGGCUGGUUCAGAGGUAUCUGCUCUGCUAGGUCGUAUCCCAUCGGCUGUAGGUUACCAGCCAACUUUGGCCACUGACAUGGGUACUAUGCAGGAAAGAAUCACAACCACAAAGAAGGGUUCCAUCACUUCAGUACAGGCUAUCUAUGUACCCGCUGAUGAUUUGACUGAUCCCGCUCCUGCCACUACUUUUGCUCAUUUGGAUGCCACCACUGUGCUGUCCCGUGGUAUUGCUGAGAUGGGAAUCUACCCAGCUGUAGAUCCUCUAGAUUCCUCCUCCCGUAUCAUGGACCCUAACGUAGUAGGAGAGGAACACUACGGCAUUGCAAGAGGUGUACAGAAGAUUCUUCAGGACUACCGAUCUCUUCAGGAUAUCAUCGCUAUCUUGGGUAUGGAUGAGUUGACAGAGGAAGAUAAACUCACUGUGUCACGUGCCCGUAAGAUCAGUCGUUUCCUCUCGCAGCCCUUCCAGGUAGCUGAGGUCUUCACUGGUUCUCCUGGCAAACUGGUUCCCCUAGCUGAUACUAUCAAGGGAUUCAAGUCUAUCUUGGAUGGUGAACAAGACCACCUACCAGAUAUUGCUUUCAACAUGGUGGGUCCCAUCGAAGAGGUGGCAGAAAAAGCCGUGAAACUAGCUGAGGAACAAUAGAGGUCUCACUUCUAAUUGGUAUCUGCCAAUAUGUAGAAUAUCCCUCGGCUUAGAAAUUUAUUAUUAACAGCUAAGAAUUAUAAUUAUAUGAGGUUAUAGAGCGUUGAAGUCCAAGACCAGGUUUUGUUAAGAAUUGUUUGUGAUUUGAAAAAAUAAAUGUGUUUUUGGUUUUUGUGCAACAUCAGUUUGAAUAAGAAUUUGGUAGAGAUUUUAUGAAUAACGGGGGAUUGUGUGGGAGAAUGCUUGUUUGGUUAGAAUUUCUUACACUCCUGUGUGUGUUGGUGUAAUGGGUUACAUAAUAUGAUCACUGAGGUUUAAGGUUUUCUAAUAGCAAAACCAAAACAAGUUUUUGGCAAUAAAAAAUUUGAAUUAACAUAAUGGCAUAUGGGGGCCCUACAGACCGAGGAAUAAGUACUGAACAUAUUCUUGUUAUUUAAAAAAUGGGCUGUCUGAAUUUUGGUGUUCAUGCGGACAUGAUAUUUUGGUAAAAUUUCUGACUUUGGAGUAAAAUUUGCAAAAUUGUAUUGAGAUGUGAAUACACUUCAAUACAUUGUUACAUGUGGAUCAGCCAUUGCACUAUAUAUAAUUCGCAUCCUUUCUUCCAAGGGCCAAAUCAUAUGCCUGUUGUAAUCCUUUGAAUACAGGGAUUCCUCUAAAUAGUUAUACGAAGUAAAGUUGUCUUUGGAUCGUUACCAUUUGCCUUUGGAAAUGUUGAUUUGUUGCACUGAUAAAAUAAAUUGAAAAAAUCAAUUAACAUUGAAA